AUGACUGCUCGGUCUGCGAUAGAAUGUUCAGUGAAUUGUGCCAAUCAAAAUUGUGCGUCUUUCUUAUUCGACACAUCAACGAAAAUAUGUACAAUUUACGGAAACGACAGCUAUGGCGAGGUGCGAAAUGUGACUGCAGAAACCAAAACAUCCGUAAUGACAAGAUCAGAGCCCCUUGUCGACUGUGGUGAUUUAUGCUGUACUGAUUGCUCAGGUAUCUACCGAAUAACUCCAGUACAAGGAACAUCCUUUGAUGUGUACUGUGACACAGACAAAAUCGGAGGUCCUUGGACCGUAAUUCAACGACGGUUUGAUGGUUCCGUCAACUUUUAUCGAAACUGGGAAGACUACAAAUGGGGAUUUGGAAACCUCACUGGCGAAUACUGGUUAGGCCUAGAGUAUAUUUAUACUCUUCUCAGACUGGACCAAAGGCUUUUUGUGCACUUAGAAGGAUGGGACGGAACUGUCAAAAACGCAGCUUAUGAAAGGUUUUCAAUCGGGGAAGAGACAUUCUAUUACAAUCUAACUCUCGAUGGCUUCUCUGGAGACGUGGGUAUGUAGUUACAUUGCUUAACGUGAAUCAGCCAGAUUCUGUACGCUUAAGUUUCAU